AUUUGAAUCUUGAUACGCGAAUUGUAUUUGUAUAUAAGUAUUGAGAGGUAGAACUGAAAAGUUGUGAGCGUUCUACCUUUAUGUUUUCUAAUCCUCUUAACAGUUUUUAGGAAACUCAUUGUAUACAAGAUAUAUAUUAGAAUAAUUAGUAAGCUAUGUGUUAUGUGAUUAUAACCGGUCGCAGUCUAGCAUGGCUGCUUAUAAGUUUGGCUGCUUUUAUGUUAAUUCUGACCGGUGUUAUGACGCCUAAAUGGUUGCUCGGCCAGCCAAACAUAGUGAAUGAUAACAAUAUUACCAGUUUUUAUGUACCCAGUGUUGGUAUCUACAAUAGAUGUAUUCGUACAGAACAUGACCGAAACCAUUGUGCUCCAUUCUCACUGUAUGGACUUGCAACUGAUUCAUAUGUGUAUCCUACUCCCUGGAAGGCAGCAAUGUUUUUUUUAUCCUUUUGUGCAGCUAUCCAGUUUUCUACAGUACUUGCUGGAGUUUUGGCAUGCUGUGUCCAAUCUGUAUUUAAAAAGAGUGUAAUAUCACUUGCAGGUGCCACCCAGGCAUUGGGAGGUUUGUUUGGUGUGUUUGGUAUACUGCUUUAUCCUUGGGGUUGGGGUGCUGCCCGAGUAAAGCGGCUUUGUGGUGAAUACUCUGAGCCAUACAUACCAGGGGACUGUUCUAUUGGUUGGGCCCUAUACAUGACAAUACUCGGAGUGGGUCUAGUGUUUUUGGCAAGUGCUUUAUCAAAGACAGCGGACAAAGCGGCCAAUUCUGACAAAGUCCAGUUUCAGAUGGAUGAAGGGAAACAGCUGAUUUGCCUCGCAUGAUACCUAUUAGAUACUGGUGAAAAUAAGAAUAAGGUUGGAAAGGCUUUUGAUGGUAUUUAGUACUGGAACCAGUGUCAGUUUUUUCACAUUUACAAGAAAUGUAUGAAGUAUAAUUGUUGAAUCACCCUAGUGGUUUCUACAUUGCCUUUCCAUCUUUAUUUAUCUAAUAGGUAAUGGACUGAUGCAUUUAUGCUUUUUCUAAAAAAAUUAAAUAUUAGAUUGUAUGGCAUAACUGGCUAAAUAAUUGACCAGGAAUAGGAAAAUAAUAAUAACAGAGAACUCGGCAUUAAUAUAAUUAUGAAAAUCUAAAAUUCAAGUAAAAGGUGUUACUAAUAAUUCAAUAAAUAAUAGUAUAUAUGUAAUAUGUAUAGAUAUUCAGCUUAUAUGUUACAGCUGAAUAUGUUAAAACAAAUGAUGAGGCGAUGACCUUUAAACUAUUUUUUGAAGUUUUCAUUAGAGCUUUAUGAUUAUUAUUAUUAUAUUUUUUAUUAUAAUUAUUAUACCAUCCUGAUUGGCAUAUAGUCGGUUGAUGUUUGAAUCAAUCAGGAGUUUACUGCAUCAUCACACCGGCAGUUAGAAUUCUUUUAAUAAAAUUAGUAAUCAAUGGCCAAAAUAUACUUUUAUAGCGGUUUUGUAUUUUUUGUAAUAAGCGAACCAACAAUUGAAUAUGUCUAUAGUUCCUACAGUUUCUAUAAUUCACAAAUGGUGCUGUUACCAGGUGCAUUUAUACUUCCUUUCUCUCUAGAAUACUCAUCACAUUUUUGUGAACUUUACUUUAAGAUUAAUGCUAUAAUAUUGUCGUAUUAAAUAACAGUUUGUCUUCUGUUUUCUCUUAUAUUCUAUCUUUAGAAGAUUUUAUAACACAACAGUCAAGUUCAAAUUACUAUUAAAUUGUAUUUACA